AAAGUCGGAAAAUUGAAAUGGACGGUGCCAAUCCCACGUCGCAAAAUCCCCAAAAUUGACAAUCAGUCAGUGACAGAUGACGCAAACGUCAACAACAUGCUGUAACAUCAUCAAAAUUUAAAUUUGCAAUGUGUCUUGGCUUUGCCCCCAAUCAUGGAUACACUUUACCAUCAGACCAACAAAUUAAUUCAACAGACGCAACAAAGCUUUCAAGCUUUGGAGCAAAACUCUGGCAACGUCCUCGAAAUCGAAGCUGACAUUCAAGAGAAGAUUACCACAAUUAAUAGUAAUUGUGAAAAACUCGAUGUUUAUUUAUAUAAAGUCCCGAUCGACCAAAGACCUAACGCGAAAAUGCGCUGCGAUCAGUUGAAGUAUGAUGCAAGGCACCUUCAGGCGGCCCUAGUGGCCUCUAGACAGAAAAGGGCACGACGAGAGGCUGCGAUUAAUGAAAGGGAACAAUUGUUGAAUCGCCGGUUUGCCCCUAAUCCCGAUCUGACGACCAUCAAUAUAGACUAUGCGUUACAGCACCAGAAUUCAUUACAGAAUUCUCAUAGAGGUGUAGACGAAAUGCUACACACGGGGGUUAAUGCGUUAGAGUCGCUUAGGUCGCAAAGACUGACUUUGAAGGGGGCACAUCGUCGCAUUAUGGACAUGGCUAAUACGCUGGGGCUGAGUAACCACACAAUGAGACUAAUCGAGAAAAGGGCCGGUGAAGACAAAUAUAUACUGAUACUGGGAAUCGUGAUUACGCUUUUAGUGAUUGUUUUUGUAAUUGUGUAUUUUACAUAGAGAGGUGACACAUUCCCUGGUUGUUGUGAAUUAUGUAAUCUUGAUUUAUUAAUAAAAAAUUAAUUCGU